CCAGUAUCGUCAUAUCUGUGUUCUGGAGUUAACUUCAUGAGUUAAACACUCACUUUUAGUAUCCACUUUAUUCUGGUCUGUUCUGGGGCCACUGUGCAUGAGGCAGGACUGUACACUCAAUGGAAUGCCAGUCCAUCGCAGAGCACUAUAAGCACACACACUACACCUGGGGCAAUUUAUCAUUAAUCCCAGAUUGUGAAAAAUGGCACACAGAUCGUAAGAUGCAUCAACACUUCUAGUAAUACUAUGCUACCUGAUAUAAACACCUGAGAUGACAAACGCACAGCAGUUCUAUCGGAACUUGUAGAAUGAAGAAAAGAAUUAAUCUGUAAUCACUGAUCAGUCAUUCAGAGAUCAGAUUAAGAUCAAGAUUCUUUUCCCUACGUGAUCUCAAGUUUAAUCCAGAAACCUAAACCGACAAAAUCCCCCCCCCCCCUUUUUUCUUAUAUAGUAAUCAUACUAUUUAUUCUAGCAGAUGGUGUCAGCUCAGUGAAUGAGACUGAAUAUUUUUUGUAUGCUAAGGCAGCUGGUGUGAGAAUGAAUGCUGACGAUUGCAAUGGCCGUUCUUACAUGUCAGGCAGCGGAGACUCUUCAACAGAAAGGGAGUUUUUCGCAGGGCUAAGGGGUCCCACAGUGAGCACGCCCAACAGUCAGCACUCCUCUCCCAGUCGCUCCGUCAGUGCAAAUUCCAUCAAAGUGGAGCUCUACAGCGAUGAAGAAGCAGGUAGUGCCCCACUUGCAGAAGGAGGAGGAGGAGGAGAAAGGGAUGAAGGAUGGAAGCAGGAUAAGGGUGACAUUGCAGAGGAGGUUGGUGGAGAGGUUGGAGGAGAUGUGGGUGGAGGAAUGCUCAGUCAAGGAGGGAGCAGUUCCCCUGGACCUAUUCGGCUCCCUAAUGGGAAAUUAAAGUGCGAUAUAUGUGGGAUGAUCUGCAUUGGCCCUAAUGUUCUGAUGGUACAUAAACGCAGCCAUACAGGUGAGCGGCCAUUCCAGUGUAACCAGUGUGGUGCGUCCUUCACACAGAAGGGCAACCUGCUGCGCCACAUCAAGCUCCACUCUGGUGAAAAGCCCUUCAAAUGUCCCUUCUGUAACUAUGCCUGUCGCCGCCGUGACGCACUCACAGGACACCUCCGCACACACUCCGUUUCUUCUCCAACUGUGGGAAAGCCCUAUAAGUGCAGUUACUGUGGUCGCAGCUACAAGCAGCAGAGCACACUGGAGGAGCAUCGUGAGCGCUGCCACAGCUACCUUCAGAGUCUGGACCACCAGCCUGCCCACAGUACGCAGUCUGCACAGGGUGAGGAAUGUCGUAACAUGGAUGUGAUGGCUGAUCCUCUGAUCCAGCCCUUGUCAGAAAAGAUGACCUUCAUUGAACGGGUGGCUAACAGCAUCACUAAAAGGAAGCGCUCCACACCUCAAAAGUUUCUGGGAGAAAAGCACAUGCGCCUGAACAUGUCCGAUGCACCUUACGAAAUCAACUCCAGCCCGGAGAAAGAACGGGAUGCGAUGGGUUCUCAUGCUGGAAGUGACCCUGCUGCUUUAGCUGUUAUGGGAAGCCACUACCUCCGCACUCCAAGAGGUGGAAGCGAAGAGGUUGAGUCUCCUCGCUCUCUGCGCCUGCCUCCUACUCAUCCGGCUUGUGUGUCCGAGUUUACCCCUGUCAUCAGCUCUGUCUAUAGCCACAUCACACCUUUAGGCCAGCGGCUGAACUGUGCAGGGGGAAUCAACAUGGUACUGCCAGGCCGAGAGGCAGGCGAGGGCCAUGAAGAUGUGCCCUCAGGUCGCAGCCACGGUGCCUCACCCAGUAAUGGCUGCCAGGACUCCACAGAUAACGAGAGCACGACAGAGGAGCAAGGCAUCGGCCCUGGUGCUGCUAACCAUCGAGGACGCGAGCGCCACAGUCCUAGUCACGCCAAAGAAACAGAAAAGGAAGGGGAGCGAGACAGACCGGGCUUACUGGCUAAAGGGGGCCCUCGUUCUCCACCCUCGUCCAGUUUGGCCGUGCAGGUGGUGGACGGUGAGGGGCGGCCAGUGCGCUCGUUCCGCUGUGAGCACUGUCGCAUCUUCUUCCUGGACCACGUCAUGUUCACCAUCCACAUGGGCUGCCAUGGCUUCCGACAGCCUUUCGAAUGCAACAUCUGCGGCCACCGCAGCCAGGACCGCUACGAAUUCUCCUCGCACAUCGUCCGAGGAGAGCACCAAGUGGGCUGAACCACUUGGGAGUAGGGGUGGGAGGGUUGGCACGCAGGCAGGACGGGUAUUUCAAAGUGGGAAAGAAGAAGGUAAGGAGGGACAGACGCUGCUUUCAGAUGAUACGGAGUCCAGUUUGGUCUGCACCAGAUGAGGAGGGGGGACAUACUGAGCACUUGCUUUAAGUAUUAGUGAACAGCAGGCUUUCGAUUUUGAAGGCUAACUGGCACAGGUGCACAGGGAGUAAUGCCUGUGCUUAAAGAAAUCAAAUUUAGAGGAGUUUGAUUAGAACCGUGGGACCGAAUCCCACUCUCUGUUUUAACUCCCAAAUCAAUCCAUUUGGCAAGACGCACCUGUUUUGCUUUAGAAGUGCCUUUCUUCAGUGGGGUUUACCUUUUCUGGGUUAGAUAGAGAAACCUGGUGCUCUAGCAUGCUGCAGCAGGAGGCAGGGGUCAGUGAAAUCUUGCUAGCAGCAUUUCUGUACUGCAUUUUACAGGUUGUGAUGAGUGUGUGAGAUUGUGUGAGUGACCUGAAAGAGUGAAAUGAGAUCCACAGCUGUAGUACAGUCUAAAGUGUACAGACUUUGUGUUUGGACUCCUUUUAUGGUAAUUUUAAAGUCUGUGGAAUUUAGAGGACUCAGGGAGGACACAAGGGACUGAAGGAAAGAACUACGAAGUAGCACCACCAACUGCAGGCCUCUAUGACUCAGAGAGAAAGGAGAUUUGUGUGUUAGCCAUAUAAACGGAGCACACACACACACAUUGCCUUAAGUAGUUGCUUUAUAUUAACCCUGCAUUAUUUCGUAGAAUUGAGUAUGCUGUUAAAUGUUGUGGUUUCAGAAGGCACCACAAAACAUGUCUUUAAACCUGAGACGGCACAACGCUUAUUAGGUGGUUUUAAAAAUUAGGCAAGGUAUUAAACAGUAUAUAUAUAUAUAUAUAUAUAUAUAUAUAUAUAUAUAUAUAUAUAUAUAUAUAUAUAUAUAUAUAUAUAAAAUUGUUAAUGCUAAAUGUCUUCUAAGUAGAAAUUAACUUGAAGAAAAAUUUUGCCUUAGUUUUGGAGUGUUCCGCAGUGGAUAACCUUGGUCCUGCCCAGUUCCUGGACUUGCUGGUUUCCUUUGUGCCUCAGAAAUCGAUUGUUGUUUUUAUCUAGAAGACCUCACCUCAGUGGCGAUGAUACAGUUCAUUGCAUUUGCUCUUCAGGACUAUAGAGGAGCGUUUUGCAUUAUUCUUGCAGUACGAAGUCCCCCUUAUAUCCAGCCUGUGCGACAAAACUGUUGUUGAAACAAUUGCCUAGCUUUAGUUAAUAAGGUACGUUUGUUCACAAUAUAAUGGGCUAAAUGCUGCACACUAGGCGAUUGCAAACGGGUGUAACAAACCAUAGCGCAGUAAAUGGAGCCUUAACCUGCUGGUGCAGAUCAAACAAAGACCCAUAUUACAUUCUGUGACUCUGAUGAAUGAUGAGGAGGGGUUGAUACCUCGGAGGAGGUUUGCACUUUUCUAACUCUCUGCUUAAAUGUGAGUGUUUUCGCUGGGGCUGUCGGGUUGGGCAGGCAGAUGGGGAUAGGGUGGGGUGGGUUCAGGUUUGGUGGGGCUCUUUUUAAAGGCUUUAGGAGAUCCUACUGUAUUUAAUGGUGACUGAGCUUUGGAACAUAUUCUUUUGCUUUCUGAAAUUGCUCGAUUGCACUGACUUCUGAUAAAAAUGCUAUUUAGGAAAAAUAAGUACAAAUUUGAUACUAUGUAGGUUAUAAAGACAAACAGUGUGUUGUUUUUAAAGUUCUAUAAAUACUAUUUUCCUAAUGAAAGGAAUUGUCACAAAGGGUUUCAGAGCAGAAAAAUUCUCCUUGUGUUGUAAAAUCGGUGCUUGGUUGUUUGUGUGGCUUCUGCCCUUAAUUAUUGGCCUUGUAUCCUGUACGCUUGUCCUGUGUGAACAUGUCGCAUACGAAAUAACAUGACCACGGUACACUUCAUUCCCAAAGGCGACAGAUUGCUGCGGGACAAGAGUAAAAUUAUUAUUGCAGAAUUUUGUACCGUCCUGGCAAGAUAUUGUGGCCUGUUUUAGUCCUUUAUUGCACAAAGUGAGAUAAAGCACCAAUGAACAAAUUUUGAGAAUAUCCAAGAGUUACAUGUUUGAGGUUCGUUCCUGUACCGCCUUUUCAAUCGUGGACAGUGCUUAAGGAUACUUGGAUGUUGUAGCAUGUUUGUCACUCAGCGUUUGUGAAGAUGGUCGGCUAUUUCCCAAACCUGCUUAUGUGUGAUCCCCUAAUCUAGUGUUAGACUUCCUGCUAGCUAAAAUGCAUCCGGAGACCUCUUAAUCUUAAUGUGUGUUUGGAUUCAUGCCAGUGAAAGCCUCCAGAGUGAAUGAGUUCUGAAGUAUACUCUAAACGAGACCAAAACCAGUAUUUCCUCUACAACGUUAAGUCGAUAGCUUUGCACCCUUCAUAGCUGAAGAGAAUUCAUCCUCCUCCUACCAAACGUAAAAAUGUACUUGAAGAUAUUUAAGAAACAAAACAUCAAAUAUAUGAUACUUCACAAUGCACUUAAUGGUUAAUGAAAUGAAUUUAUGUAAAUAAGUACAUGGUAUGUAUGAGUCAGAAGGUAGCAUGUGUGCUUAUUUGUUUUGCUGGAAAUCUGGAACUGUUCAGCUUGUAUAUCGGCUGCAAAUCUUCCCCCAUGUUCCUCUUCCACAGCCUCUGUUUUCUCCCCUCAAAAGGUUUUCCCCCCUGACCCUUAUGUGUGAUGAACUUAAAUGAAUAUUUUUAAAUGAACUGUGAAGCAACCAUCACAAGCAAGUGCGAGUGUGUGAGCAUUUUCGUGAGGCAGGGGUUACACUCCCUUUCAUACUUACAGGCUUUCUCCUGGGCUCAAUGUUUUUAAAGGCUUUGUGAAAAAAAAUGUAUAUGACAAAGAAAAAACUCUUUACCUCAAAUUUGUUAAAAUAAAAAAACUGCCUCAUGUUCUUUAAAAAGGUGUGUUGGUUUUAAGAGGUGUUGUUUGGUUUUGUUUUUAAGGAGUGACCCAGCAUUCAGUUGAAGUAAUUUUUCAUGUCCAAUAAAGUAAUGUUUGUCGUAUCUCCUGUCCACUUAAACAUCUCCGCUAUUGUUUUCCAUUUUGCUUUUUGUGCUGUUAAGCUUUGAACUCACGAGAUAUGCAGAAAAGUGUGAAAUGAUUGAAUAUCAUCAUUUGCAAAAAAUCUUUAAAUAUUAGAUGGACAGAUAAAAUGAGAUUCUCACAACGAGGAGUGUAUGAAUAAUUUCAGCUUAUUUUUUUUACUCCGCAACAUCUACUGCUUAAAUCUCCUAACAUUUACUGUGCUUUUAUCCUAAAAAUUGCGUUAACAUAUUGUUAAAGGGUAAUAGUUCAUACCAAAGGAAAUUUGAUUAUGCAAUUUACUGCCAGUUUUAGAAAAGUUUUUUUUUUUUUUUUAAUUAGCCAGUAGUCAAAAGUUAAAUUCUCCGAUCUGGAUUAGAUCAUGAUUUUAGCUUUAAACCGCUACAAUGGAAUUGACUUAGUCAGCCAGCUUUAAUCCCACUUCUCCACGUACAUAGACUGUGAUUAAGAAUCAGAAUCAGGUUUAUUGGCCAAGUGUGUUCUGGAAUUUAGAUUAAACUGUUUGUGACUACAUUUAUUUUUUUUACAUAGUCACAACACCAGGAUAUUUUGCGUUUUUUUUUUUUUCAUUUAUGGGCAUGAAGGGUUAACCAUUCUGAAUAUUAAGAGGAGCCUUCCAGUUUUUUAUGCCAUCUUUGUGUAUGUUUGGAAUCAGUGAUCAUUUCUUAGAUAUUAAGAGAUUUAAAGUAGAUGAUUUGGCUGUAGCAUAGUAAUGAAUUUUACAAAAGCCAUACCAGGACAAACUGCCCAGCAAGCAAAAAAAAUUCAUUGAGUAAGAUCACAUGAUCCACAUAUUUGAUUUGGUGUAGUUUGUACACCAGAUGCCCUUCCUGACACAACCCUCCCAUUUUAUCCAGGCUUGAGACCGGUGCUGAGAUAGCUGGGUUAGCUCCCUACCUGGGAAUUGAACCUGGGCUGUGGCAAAGAGAGUGUGGGAUCCUGACUCUGGACCAUCUGCAGGUUCUCAUGAUGAACAUAUACAAGCCACAAAUUACCAUUUAUUUAAAAGGUCAUUUUCAAAAGAAAUAUCUGAGAAUUCUUCAUUGCAAUCAUUGCAUCAUCAUGCAUCCUUUUCUUUGGAGACCUUUUAUCCUAUUGUAAAGUGUGAAAAAAAAAGAAAAAAAGAAUGAAAAAAAAACCCCACACGCAAUCCACAUGGUUUUAUGGGGUAUUAUUUAUUUACGUACAAACAUCAGCGAAAUGUUCCAAUUCACAUGGGUUUGGCAGGAACUCUUGGGGCAGCACCCUAAAGAAAAACAAAAUGAGCAGUGUGAAAUGUCAGUGAAGCUAUUAGCACACCUGUAGAGUUAACAUGUACUGAUUCCUUCUAGCAAAAUCCAGAUUCUCUAACUUCUCUCCAGUCUGUGUGUCUGUGUUAAACUUACCGCAGGUCUGAAGCGAGGAGGUGGCGUGCGGUCCUUCCUGGCUUCGCGCGAUCGGUUCCUUACAACUUUGCUGUGGAUGGCGCAGCUCACGCAGUAAUGAAGCUUAACAUACAGCUUUGGCAACACAUAGG